CUACUUCUGGUAUCUAGAGAAUGAUUUGGGGAAGCAGAUCUGGAAGGCUGCAGCAGCUCUUGUUGCAAACAUGAGCUCUGGCCUCGCACAGCCUUCUCCACCGCCUGAGCCUAGCUCUCCAGCCUGCAGACAUCCACUGGGCCACCCUCCUGCCCACUGCUGAGCCUGCCAGGCAGUGCCAUCUGCUCUGCAGCCUGUCCCUGGUGGAAAGGCAAAAUGACCACAUUGUUUCUCUUCCAGCUUCUCGUCAAGACAUGGAAGCCACUGCCAAGUUUGAUUUCAUGGCCUCAGGUGAGGACGAACUGAGCUUUCGCACUGGAGACAUUCUGAAGAUACUAAGCAACCAGGAGGAGUGGCUCAAGGCGGAGCUCGGAAGCCAAGAAGGAUAUGUGCCUAAGAAUUUUAUAGAUAUCGAGUUUCCUGAGUGGUUCCAUGAAGGCCUCUCUCGACAUCAAGCAGAAAACUUACUCAUGGGCAAGGACAUUGGAUUCUUCAUCAUCAGGGCCAGCCAGAGUUCCCCAGGAGACUUCUCCAUCUCUGUCAGGCACGAGGACGACGUUCAGCACUUCAAAGUCAUGCGUGACACCAAGGGCAAUUACUUCCUGUGGACCGAGAAGUUCCCAUCCUUAAAUAAGCUGGUGGACUACUACCGGACAACGUCCAUCUCCAAACAGAAGCAGGUCUUCCUUCGGGAUGGAACCCAAGAUCAGGGUCACCGGGGCAACAGCCUGGACAGGAGGUCCCAGGGCGGCCCUCACCCGAGUGGAACCGUAGGAGAAGAAAUCCGACCUUCAGUGAACCGGAAGCUGUCAGACCACCUUCCUCUGGGUCCCCAGCAGUUCCACCCGCACCAGCAGCCGUCACCCCAGUUCACACCAGGGCCGCAGCCCCCUCAACAGCAGCGUUAUCUGCAGCAUUUCCACCAGGACCGUCGUGGGGGCAGCCUGGACAUAAACGAUGGACACUGCGGCCUUGGAAGUGAGGUGAACGCCACGCUGAUGCACCGGAGACACACCGACCCCGUACAACUCCAGGCAGCAGGGCGGGUGCGUUGGGCCAGGGCACUGUAUGACUUUGAGGCUCUGGAAGAGGACGAGCUGGGAUUCCGAAGCGGAGAAGUGGUUGAAGUCCUGGACAGCUCCAACCCAUCUUGGUGGACCGGCCGUCUGCACAACAAACUGGGUCUCUUCCCUGCCAACUAUGUGGCCCCCAUGAUGCGAUGAGUCGUACUGCAAGGCUUAGGGGCUUUUCGUCCAAAGCCGCCUGCAAGACAGAGAGGGGCGAGGGGGUAAAGCUGAACUUUAUAAUGACACAUACAUGCAUACAUGUGCAUGUGUGCCCGAGUACACAAAACAUGUAUAUGUAUGCCGAUGGCUACACACGACAUUUUAUAAUAGUAAUUUAUUGGCAGGCAGGUUGGCUCGUUGAUCAGCAUGAGAAGGAACUUGGGUGGCGAGGGGGCCGUUUUGCCAGCUCUUCUCUGCCUGAGAGGGCAGUGGGGAGCUGGGAGCAGGGCGGGGAAAUGACCUUUUCCAACCCUCAAACUUUCACCGUUUCCUUCCUGGCUUGGGAAUUUUCCAAGAGAGCAGGCAGCUCAGCAGAGAUCACACCCCAGGGAUGGAUGAACAGGGCAAGGCUGGGCUUGGCGAGGCACGUUAGGUAGUUCACCUGGCUCUGUCCACUUACAGGGUAGCUCCCCUCUUUUGCAUAGAGCAGGCGCUGCGCCCUGAGAAUUAAGGUGUAGCAGAUGCAGGGCUUCAGGCACCAGGCAAGUCUGAGCAGGUCGCCAGCAAGGGUGUGGUCGGGAGGCUCCUCUUGGUGUGGGAGAGACACGCAGGCUCAGGCCUAGCCGAUGUCUGGCUAGGACUUUUACUUUCCACCAGAGACUGUCCCUUGGGCAAUCCUCUUCCCCUACGGCUGACAGGAGAGUUAGAACGGAGCGAUGCCACAGAGGUUCUCCACAGGCCCUUGUGGCUUACUUGAAUGUAACUUGUUUCCUCGGCUGCAGAGAAAGCUGCAGCCUAGAUUCUUGGAAGUGCUUGGAGAAGCCCUGGCGGAGAAUGUGGGAUGUGUCAGCAGCCUCACUCUGUGGUUACAAGAGUGUCUCUGUGGAGCUCAAUUGGGUUUUGCUCCUGAUUUUCUGUGGUUGAGGACAUCUUUGCCAGUGGACGAAAGGGAAGCCAAGAGUGCUGACUGUGGAUCGACUGAUAAAUUGACAGACUGACUCUAACCCUGACAGGAGCUUUCACGGAAAUGGGUUUCCUCUUCUGUUUGAGCGCUAGGCCUUCCCCUAUCCUCCCUCCACCUGGGAAGAGGAAGCCCACUGCCACUGUCCCUCUGUCACCUUAAACUAGAAUUGUGUGUCCUGGGGAAUGGAGCACAGAGAAGCCUGGCUGGGUGGGGAGGGGGACUCUGGAGAGGAAGCCCAGUGCUUUUGGGCAGCCUGGGAGUAAAGAUGUCAGAACAGAAGGUACUUACAAGGGUGUUGGUGUAGUCGUGUGUGUGUGUGUGUGUGUGUGUGUGUGUGUGUGUGUGUGUGUGUUCUAAGAUAGGAAAGGAAGAGCUGGGUGAAAGGGGUGGUAAGCAUAUGUGAUGGGAGGGGGGCUGUCUCCUUGUCCCCUCCUGCUUUAGGGAGGGACUGGAGGGCAUCUGUUAGUGAGGGAGACAAAAGAACAGUCUGUGACUCAGGAGUCACUGCAGUGUGGCACAUACUCUGUCCCUUGUGACUCUGAUUCAACAAUCUUCUGAUCCCUAGGUUCCCUUUAGAGAGAAAGAGAGGGACCAGGAGGGAAGAGAUCAUAGCCUGGAGGCUCAGGGAUGCAGCUGCAGCCCUGGGACAGGAAAGCAGAGACAGUGUCAGAAGAUGGGUGGCAGGUGGGAGACAGGGAGACUGUGGGGGGUGGGGGUGGGGUAGUAUCAAUUGGGGCAGCAAGGGGAGACAUGGGCAGGUGGUACAGAAAGAACUCUUACCCCUCCCCCGGAGAAGGUAGGAGCCCCCCCCCUAACACCCCCCCCCCAGCAGGUGAGGAAAGAGUGCAUCAGGAGGAGGUGAAGGGCAGAGAAGGCGCCAAGGAGGAAAAAUGAGGCCGGAAGCUGAGGCAAAGUGGGCCCAAGCUUGGUAGUAGGUGAUGUGAGACAUUACAGUAAAUAAAAGCCAAAAGUGGUGUUUGGUUUUACAGUAUUUGCAAACCAUAUGCUUUCCAACAGCCCACAAACUUCAUCCAUUUGGCUGAUUCUGUGGGAGGAGCAGCCCUGGCUGAGGCAGAGAUGACUAGCCUGGUUCUGGUCUAGUUACUAUGCCUUGAAAUACUCUAUGAGAAUACAGUAAUAAAGUUUUGCCAGCCUGUAUCUGGUGCUCAUGCUGCACAGCCCUAGGAGAAGGGGGUACUCCUCACCUUGGGGCAGCAAAACCCCUAGAACAGGCAUCCUGUUCUAGCAGGAGCCCUGGUGGGAGAAGGUAGGAGGAAUUCUUUAUUGAGGUAUCCUCAUUAGCAGGGUUCGAUUCGAAAGGGAACAGGAGAGUCACCCCAAACCAUGAAGGGAGACCAAGGACUCCCAGGGGCUGAGCCUAGGAGGCCAGCACCAAACUGUCUACCUGGGGCUCAGAUCUCUUUGGAUUCUGCUACUGCUUCCUGGGAAGUAGGUAAGGAAGAGAGCAUGAGCCAUCAUACCCCCCAACUCUCUCUCUCUCUCUCUCUGGCUGCACAGCCAACUGCAAGUACACGGUCUCUGAUUUUGGCCGACACACCAUAGGUGCGACUUCAUGACAUCUGAGCAGAGAACUUCUAAGAAGAGCCAGUUCCUGUUGACCAAUCAGAGUUUCCUCCCCACUUGCUGAAAAAUCACUUCAUUUCGAAUAUCCAGCAGCUACCAUGGCCCACUCCCCAUUACAUGGUCUCAGUCUUUCCAAGAUCUCAAGUAUGUGAGCAUUGUCUGGGGGCCGUGUUAAAAUGCUGGCUCUGACUCAGCCUUAUAUCUAUCUCUAACAAGCUCCCAGGUGCUUUGAUCAGCAAGGGCAUCGGUCUCACAAAUCUAAUUGGAUUCUUUUUCUGGGGAUAGUCAGCCACUGCUCUCUGUUGCUAGCGAAUAAGUCACUUUGGCUUUGGGACAGGCACAACUCGUUACUGUCUUUAUGACACCAUUCCUGUUUGGCGGCCAGUGACUUCUUUUUUACAUCUUCAUCGGGGAUCAGAAAUUUUCCAAGUGACAGGCAUUUGGCUGGAGACUCACACAGGAAUUCCCUACUAGAAAUCACUUUAACAGGAGCAGAAGCUGUGGAAGGUGCAGGAAGACUUCUCAGGAAAUCCUGAAAGAGAAAAAUCAAUGUCCAUCACUUUGGGCUCUGGGCAAGGCAGGGAAUAUCACUAGAUCUCAGCUCACAGCCCACACAAGGGACAGACCGUCCUGGUCAAAAUAAUUGCAUGACACAAUUGUUUUGUCUAGUUUCAAUGUGACUAUCUGUAAGACAAGAGUGUGAAAAAAAUCUACCACUGCAAUUCUUUAAAACAAAUUUAUUUUUGUUAUUGUUUUUCAAGUCCUUCCACUUCAUCUCCCAGCCGGCGGCAUCUUUCUGUCUCCCAUAGCAACUGCACUAUCUUCUGUACUUGUUGCCCUGCAUUCCUUCCUGUGCCUGGUACACUCUCCACUCAGACACCAAGGCAAUCUUUGGACAGACAAACCCAAUCACACCACUUUUCUUCACAGGCAUUUAUCCUUGAACCUAAAAUCCCAGCCCGGUCUUGCAAGGUCUGGCCCCUUCGGGAUCAUCUCUCCAACUUCCUCUUGCUUUCAUACCCCUUCCCCACUGUCCUUCCUUCAGCCUCCAGAUGGCUAAGAACCUUCCGAAGGGGGAGUCAUAACUGUGGGUCCCCCCAGGAUGCACAUCCUGUGCUUUCCAGCUGACUGCUGUUCAGAUCUGGGUUCACACGUCACUUCCUCUCAUCACCCCCAUGUGGAAUAAAAUACAUCUUUAGAUUACCUCUUGAGUCCCAUGGUUUUCCUGAACACCAUGCACACAGAUGGGGGCACUAGAUCGAGUGGUGUGACCAUUAGACUGUAUGCUUCUUGGGGUGUGUGUGGGGUCAUUGUAUUUUGUAGAUACUUUAUAUAUUCAUGGCACAUGGGGAAGGCUGUCAGUAGAUAUGUGUCUAAUGAAUGAUAUUGUGUUUCUCUAAGGUGAAAACUCAGGUAUAAAAUGAGAAAAGGGUGAGACAAGAUGCUCUAACGAGAAGGUGAAACACUCUUACAAGGAAACUCAUUAAGAUAGGAAGUAACCAACUCAAAAUACCUUCAGGAAGUCCCUGAAACUGACUAGAUUAACUAGGCCCCUUUCUCCUCUGUAAUAUAUAAGCAGCAAAGACAGCUGUGAUUCUUAGAAGAUUCUCAAACAAAACAUCCCAGAAUAAUCAAAGACCAGCCAAAAGCCUGAAAAAAAAAAAAAAAAAAAAAAAAAGAAGAGACCAGCUGAACUGCCUG